AUGGCCGGAGCAGCUGGACACCUCAUCCUGGGGUGUGCUGGGAUGGGAACCCCCUCCUCCGGUGCCAGCCGUGGGGAGCUCGGGGUGCGGACGGUGAUCUACGUGGCCAGGAACCCCAAGGAUGUCGCUGUCUCCUUCUACCACUUUCACCGCCUGGCCAAGUUCCUGCCCGACCCCAGCUCCUUUGACGCCUUCCUGACRCAGUUCCUCGAGGGCACAGUGCACUACGGCUCCUGGUUUGACCACGUCAAGGGCUGGCUGGGCCAGCGGCACCUCCUGGACAUCCUUUAUGUCACCUACGAGGAGCUGCACCAGGACCUGCGGGGCACAGCGCAGCGCCUCAGCACCUUCCUGGGCUGCCCGCUGGCCCCGGGGACGCUGGCAGCUCUGGAGCAGCACUGCAGCUUCUCCGCCAUGCGGGACAACGCCAUGGCCAACUACACCCUCAUCCCCGCCGAGAUCAUGGACCACAGCCAGGGCCGCUUCAUGCGCAAAGGCGUGGUGGGGGACUGGCGCGGUCACUUCUCCCCAGAGCAAAACGCCCUCUUCAACCGCCGCUACCAGGAGGAGAUGGGGGACACGGAGCUGCCCUCGCAAUGGCCCAUGGCCUGAGGGACCCGGGCUCGGGGGGGACACUGAGACCCCGCUUGCUGAGAGCCGCUGCAGAGGGGACAGCCCGCAGGGGGACCCCACAACCCACCCCAUGUGUCACCCCAGCGCCGGSGGUCGCCGUGGGGCUCGGGAUCCGCAGCGGGGCCACGGCCCCAUCCCAUUCCCCUGGGGACGGGGCCCUUUUCCGGCCGUGCAUUGUGGCCACCCUAUGGCCUUGCUCCCCCCGCCCGGGGCGCCUGGCCGUGACCCCCCUUUCCGCCCAUCCCGCCCUGAGGAAAUAAAUAUUUAUUGCUGUUCCCGGGCAGGCAGCUAUUCCCA